AAAAAAAAAAAAAAAAAAAAAAACACAACUACAGACAAAAUGGCCGAGAAGACGUUCACGUACCAGGAUGUGGCUGAGCACAACACCAAGAAGGACCUCUUCAUGGUGAUCCACGACAAGGUCUACGAUGCCACCAAGUUUGUCGACGAGCACCCUGGUGGCGAGGAGGUCAUGCUGGAUGUAGGCGGUCAGGAUGCGACGGAGGCAUUCGAGGACGUCGGCCACAGUGACGAGGCCCGCGAGACACUAGACACUCUACUUGUUGGCAAGCUCGAGCGCAAGGCCGGCGACCCUACACCAAAGACACACAGCUCGGGCUCUCUGGCACCACAGGCCCAAACGGGCGCCGCUUCGGGCAUGGGCAUCGGGCUGUACGCUGUCAUCCUCAUCGGUGGUCUUGCCGCCUACGCCGCGUACCAGUACCUGCAGCAGCAGCAGCAAACAGCCUCCGCUUAGAUUGGCUUGUGGUUGUUAUUAUUAUUUACGGAAUAUAGUUAAAUGCGCGAUCAGGUGGACCAAAGACCUUGACGAUGCAGGACAAUAUAAAGCUUAUGCGGUUGCGCUCAACAGACCUUGAUUGUUCUUGAUUCCACUACCUUUUUCUGUAGGGCUUCCUCCUAAAGUCAGAGUGAGCAAAAGAAGAGGUGACUGGAUAAGGCGCAACCGCAUGGUUGGAGAUUUGUAUGUUGGUGUGGCUCGCCCAUUUUUAUGCUGCACCAAACUGCCGAGAAGGGGUCUUUGAGCGUGUCGAGAUACGGCCUCGCAAGAUAGCGAUUUUUUAAUAGACCAAAACCUACCUUCACCAACUUGCAGUAGAGCCAAAAGUGGUGGUGUGGACAGCAAGGGAACAUGUUCGGAACGGUGCAGUUUUUUACGCUGUGCAUAUGCAGUCAGUGAACCUGCAGCUUGCUUUGGGUUACCUUGACAGCAGCAGGAGGUUGGUCAUUGACCAGAAUUGAUUUCGUAC